GAGCCAGGAAGAGGCGGCUCUGGUGUGGGCUGAGGACUCCGGUGUACGCUCCUCACACAUACGGGCCUGAGGAAGGGAGGGGAUUGGUGACGUUCUUCCGUUCUACGCCCGUCCGCAGCCCCUCCCUGUUUGUGCAGCUGUGUCCGGGGCAGAGCCCCUCAGCUGACAUUAGGGACAGGAGGAGGUGUCGGGUUAGGAGACAAUAAGAACACCAGCAAGGUCUACCAACAGCAGUCCUCAAAAACUGUCUGAAUGGGCAGCAAUAAACUGCCCUGUUGUCACUUCAGUGCGCUGACUGUACUACGUCUAUCUUAUUUAAUUGCUGUUAGUAGUGAGAUGCAUGGGAAAAUCACUGUGAUGUGACAAAAUCUGCUAAGGUCAUACAAUGCUGCCGAUUUGUUGAAGUACUCGGAUGCUAAUUAAUAGGACUAGACUUGAAAGCUUUUCAGUUCAUCAUGGAUCAAGCCUUGAUGGAUAACCCUGUUACCUUGGUGAUCAAAGCUCCCAAUCAGAAAUAUGAUGACCAAACCAUUAACUGCUUCUUAGACUGGACAGUGGAAAAACUAAAGACACAUCUCUCAAGGGUUUAUCCCAGCAAACCGUUAACCAAGGAUCAGCGACUUGUAUAUUCUGGUAAACUCCUCCUUGAUCACCUGCAAUUGAAAGAUGUUCUCAGGAAACAAGAUGAAUAUCACAUGGUUCAUUUAGUAUGUGCCUCCAGGACGCCUCCUAACUCCCCUAAACCAAGCACCAGCAGAGAAAAUGCUAGAGCUGCAAGCACCAGCAGUAAAUCAGGCUCAGAGCACUCAGGAUCCGCUUCCCCUGUAUCUACAAGUCAGGAUAUGCCGUCCACAUCAUCGAACCAUAGAAACGAGGAGAGCCUGAGGCACCGCCAUGCCUCUCACACAUCCACCAAUACCAUGCAUGACUAUUUUUCAUACAACAGACAGCAACAUGUUGGGAAUCCUAUUCCUGGACAAGGAGCUCCAGCAGUAUUUCCAGCAUAUUCAGUCUUCAGUCCUUUGCAAAUGAUGUGGUGGCAGCAGAUGUAUGCUCGACAGUACUACAUGCAAUAUCAAGCUGUGGCUUCCAACCAAGGACCUGCUGCCACUCCCAUUAUCCAUUCAGAUCGACCUCCUACAAACCCUCCAAGAGCAGCUCCAAACAUUGCUCCAGAGGUGAACCAAAAUGUCCAAAUGAAUGUUCAAGGUGGCGCUGUAAUGAAUGAAGAAGAGAUUAACCGCGAUUGGCUUGAUUGGAUUUACACUGUGUCCCGAGCAGCUAUUCUUCUUAGCAUAGUUUACUUCUAUUCAUCAUUCAGUCGCUUUGUUAUGGUCAUGGGGGCUAUGAUACUUGUUUACAUGCACCAAGCUGGAUGGUUUCCUUUUAGACAAGAAGAAGGCCAGCCACAAGUAAGAGACAAUGCAGCAGAUGUGAAUCAAGAUAGAGUGAACAACAAUGAGCUUUUGGAAAUGGAGCGUCGUAUGGAUGAAGGAGUUCAGGAGGAAGGAGCAGAUGAUGUGGCAGAAGAGGCUGCUGCUGCUGCAGCUCCUCGUCCAGGAAUUGUGGCAUCAGCUUGGUCAUUUAUAACCACGUUUUUCACCUCUCUUAUACCUGAGGGACCCCCACAAGUAAACUAGACCUGAGACUGCUAACUGCAGGUUCUUGCAGGAAACCAAUAUUUCAAAAUACACUUGUGCAAUCUCAAUUUAUGUCCUAUUUUUGAAUUUUUUAAAGCAGUAUCUAUUGCUUGACUCCCUCAGUAUUAAUAUUUUAAGCACAAACAUACAUUUUUCUUUACUCAUUUUUUGUAGUCCUCUUCUCUUUGUCAAAGAGAAAUAAAGGUACAUGUCUUCCAUUUAGUUUUGAAUGAACAGAAAGUUUCUGGAAUGAUACUACUAGGUGGUGAUUUUUUUUUUUCUAUUGAAGCUUAACCAUCCUAAAUCUUAAUACAUUUCUUUUGAAUAUUGUUUCUAUGAAUGAAGAAAACAAGUACACAUUUAGUAUAAUGCAUUGAAAGUUGUGGUGCAUGCAAAGGCAAAAGAGAGCCAUGCAAAGUAAGCUUUGGAUGAUAUGAUCAUUCUGAACUUGUAUGUAGAAAUCAAUAACUCCCCACAUGGUUUGACAGCUAUAUAGAUACAGUCAUUUUAUUUCCGUUUUUAGAAGAUGGUAGAAAACUGGAAAGGCAAUUUACUUAUUACCACUUCUUAUUCAAGUGAAUAUUUAGUUUUUUUACUCCUUUUUUUUUUUUUCCAUAAUGACAUUUCUUUUGAAAGAUUUUGAAUGUGUCCUUGCCUGUGUGCAUGGGUAUUACAUUCUAGUUAUCGUGAUAAAUCUAAUAAAUCACAAGGUCUAUAAUCUAAA